UCUGAUCCCGUGACGGGAUACCCGCGGCACCUCCCAGAUGUUACCUCUAUGGGCAUCCCUCCAUCCGUCACUGUGUCUCUGCCACCGAAGUUGCAAGGAUGAUGUGCGGAGGAGUUUCGGCCACCCAACCGGCCACCGCUGAAACGCAGCAGAUGGCGGAAGAGGUAAAGGCACAGCUUGAAGAGAAAGAAAACAGGAAGUUUCCAGUCUUUAAGACUGUGGAAUUUAAAAGUCAAGUGGUUGCUGGAAUGAACUACUUCAUUAAGGUUCAUGUUGGUGAAGAGGAAUUUAUACAUAUUCGAGUGUUCAGAAGCCUCCCUCAUGAAAACAAGCCAUUGGCUCUACACAGUUACCAAACCAACAAAACAAAGAAUGAUGAAUUGGCCUAUUUUUAAUGCGCCAUUUUGAAUAGUGGCCUUUAUAUGGGUACAUUAUAUGCAUCAUAUGGGCAGGUAUUAAAAUUUGGGACAAUAAAAGAAAUCUGAUAUUUAAUAAGUAGCUUUCUGUUUUCUAACUCUGAUAUAUGACCAUAGAUCAUUUAUUUUAUUGUUCAUCAGUGAUCUUCAAGUACACUGAACUUAUGUAGCAGUACAGCUAGGCCUUCUCUGGGCCUCACUUUCUAUAGUUCAACCUUUCAGUUUGUAAAAGAUCGAUAACAUUCCUUAGAAGAGCCAGGAGAGCUAAUCUUUACCUUUUGGUGAGGUGGUCAUGAAGUACAUAGAUUUAGAGAUAAUCUAGUUAACUCCUUCAUUUUCAAAUGAGGAAUCUGAGGCCUGGAGAAAUUAAACAAUUUGUAUAAUUUCAAACAGAUAAUAAGUAGCAGUAGUACUAGGACUUAUCUGGCUCUAAAAUCCAGUGUUAUUACCACCAAGUAGCUGUGUGCUGAUGUUUUAAUCCGGCAAGUGGGCACCCUGCAGAGGAAUUGCAUAUCUCUUGGUAUUAAUUAUAUCCACACCCCAUUGGUUGGUUUUUGUUUUUUUUUUUUUUUUUUAGUCACCGACAUUGAAAUUUUCAUGUGUAACAGAGUAAGGCUUUUGCGGGCUAUUAUUUGUGAAUGACCCCUUAUUUUGCCAUCUUCUUCCUGCUAGCUGAAAUGGUGUGAAAAGACUUUCCUUUCCCUCUACCCCACAACAUGGCCCGAGCCCCUUCCUUUUUUCCUGCACUAUGGACUAGCAAAGUUGCCCCCUGGACGUGAUCGGCCCCGGCUUUGCUAACACAGCUUCUUGGCCACCUAAGAGCAUAAAAAGUUGUAGCUACACAUAGUCUAGGUCCGUUGGACGUGGUGGAUUUCUGAAAACACUGCAAGUCAUCUUGUCCUUCGUUAUAUUCUGUCCUGAUGACUAGACUUCUAUGUGGUCAUGCGUCCAGAAGAACUAAGUGCCCCAGUAUCUUUGUUGUAUAUCCCUGCUGUUAGGGCAAAGUUCUCCUUUUGCAAACUGUCCAAUGACUCAAGUGCCUCCUUUUGUCUCAGUAUCAAACUCUAAACUAAGUGCUGGCAUUAGAGCCACAUCCAAUAUGCGCUACUGGGUUGUCAAAAUAUUAGGAGAUACCCAGUUUUCCAGAGCUAAGUCCCAGCAAGCAAGCUGGGUCCUGAGCUUGGUGUAACAACAAGCCUUUGUGCUCACCCUCUGGCAAUCAUAUAAUAAUUGUGUGGCUGUGACCAGCACCAGGUGUUCUACAGGCACCUGCUGUAUCCAUGUUCUUAUCAUGAAGCCCUUCUAUGAAUCAGACUUGGCCCAUUGUUGCUGUUAUCCCUCAUUGUGAGGGCUCCAGCUCACUGCCCAGCCGUUGGUAUAAGUAUCAAGGUUUAGCCACACUAAAGUGGGUCCUUCCACUAGAAGCGGGACCCCAGCACAUGUGUCUUCCUUGCUUAUUUUCCUCACUUUGAAAUUAAACUUGUUUGAUUCCGGACUCUCCCAUCUCUAGCCUGCUCUGUUUGGCUCCAGCUGUCCACAGGUUAGAGGCCAGUUUGGUCCAGUUGACAGGGUUUUGGUAUUAUUUCAUUGGGUCUAGCACGGUACUGUCAGGCAGCUAUAACCUUAUGCCAUUUGUGAGCAUGGACCAAGACACACAUUAAGUAAGGCUUAAAAUCAUGUACUAGUGGAAAAUGUCAUGGAAUUGCCACAUACCUUGAGUAUCCAUGACACCAUCCCUGACAAGCUGUCAUAUUGCAUAUAUUUGAAACUGCAUUGAUAAGGUCUUAGUGCCUUCCCAGGAAGCUCAUUUGUUAAGUUUUUCCUUAUGCCAGGGAACAUUUACUAUCUGUAAUUUCCACCUGUUGAUAUAAUGUAAGCUCUCUAAGGGAAAGAGUUGUCUCACUGCGGCAUUUGUAGCUCCAAUGUUUAGCAUAAAGUAGAGGCUUAAUAACUAACUGUUGACUAUUCGAUCCCAGUUCUGCCAUCUAGGUCCAAACAAAAUAAGGCUGUCUUCCACAUGCCAGCUCUUUGAGUAUGUGAAGCCCCUAGGUUGCCUGAUGGAUAGAGUUGGACUUGGAAUCAGGAAGACUUAAGUCUUCCCUCACUUAUUAGCUCUAUAAUUCUGGGAAAGUCACUUAACCUGCUUGUCUCAUUUACAAUAGCACCCACCUCCCAGGGUGGUUGUGAGGAUGAAAUGAGAUAUGUGUAAAUUGUUUUUCAAACCUAUAUAAAUGUUAGCUGUUGUAUCUUAAUAAUAAAGAGAUCUGGACUUGGAGAAAUUGGAGCGGUCUUUUUUUAAUUUAAUAGCAAAAUAACAAAAGUAUUUUAUUCUACCCCACCCUUUCCACUGAAAAAAGGACAACAAAAUAAAAAAAAAAACUUAUUAGAAAAUUUUGCAUUGGCCAUGUCCAAUUUUAUGUCUCACUCUGCACCUUCAGGAGGUGGGUAUUUUGCUUCAUCAUCUCUGGAAUCAUGACUGGUCUUAAGUUUUUCAAAGUUAUUUCUCAUUUUCCAUUUUUGUCAUCUUUGUUAAUAUGAUAGUUAUGAAGUUAAACAAGAGUUUUAAUUUGCAUUUUUCUACUAGUGAGUUGGAGCUUUUUUAUGUGGCUGUUAAUAUUUUAGUGCUUUGAAAUACACCUGUCCGCAUCUUUUGACCAUAUAUGAAUUGGUGAAUGGUUUUAUUCUUACAAAUUUGUUCAGUUCCUUAUGUAGCUUGGAAAUAAGACACUUAUCAGAGAAAUUUGGCUGCAAAGACUUUUCCCCAGUUAAUAGUUUCCCUUCUCAUUUUAACUGGAUUGGUGUUUUUAUGCAAAAACUUAAUGUUAUGUAAUUAAAAUUGUGUCCUUUAUAAUCUGAUCCUCACUUGUUUGGUCCUUUAUCUGAGGUCUUAAAGUUAAUUUUCUUUCUUCUCUGAAUUAUUUAUGAUGUCACUGUGUCUAAGGCCUAUCUUGAUACGCAGUAUAUAAUAAAGGUUGGUCUCUGUCUUUUUUCUGCCAUA